AUGAGAGGAGAGCUGUCGUACGAGUGUUGGAUUGAGACAGAAGUUAGGACGGCCACUGCGACCAGUUUUACUGUUACAGUUCCAUCAUUUAAUGGGCUCAAGGGUAAUGCCACCAAAGCUAGCGGCGCACCCAAGUUGACUGGGUCACCAUACCCCAAGGUGAGAUUCAGCAUUAAUGCUUCACUCAAAGAGGUUGGAGGGGUAGUGGUGGCUACCGCCAUAAGCGUCGUGAUAGCUAGCAAUGCCAUGGCUCUCGAGGUGUUGCUGGGCGGGGAUGACGAAUCUCUUGCCUUCGUCCCCAGUAAUUUCUCAGUGAGCUCCGACGAGAAGAUCGUGUUCAAGAACAAUGUUGGUUUCCCACACAAUGUUGUGUUUGAUGAGGACAAGAUUCCUGAAGGAGUGGAUGCUUUCAAGAUCUCCAUGUCGGAGGAAGAGCUUUUGAAUGGCCCUGGAGAGACGAACAGCGUCUCUUUGGUUGAGAAGGGGACUUACGCUUUCUACUGUUUGCCUUAUGAAGGAGCUGGUAUAGUCGACAAAGUCACCGUUAAUUAA